CCCCGCCUUUUCCGUGCCCCGCGCGCGUGCGCACUCCGGUAGAGCUCCUGGAGGUUCUCCCGGGUCCGUGGUGUCCAGAGCCCGGGCGGGAUCCUCCCGCCGAGGACCUGGCACUCGCUGGAGCCCGGGGUUAGCCUGCCAUGCGUUGGGGGCUUCACCCGCGCGGGCCGGGAGCGGCGGCUCUGGUCACGGCCCGAAACUUGUGGGUGCCGCCCCACCCUCGUCGUCACCCGAGAUGGCUAGGGACGACGAGGGUUUUGUUGCGGUCAGUCACUGGGGCCAGUAACCAGCUGCAGAACUCGAGUAAUGGCAGAUAUCGGGAUACAGUGCUGCUGCCGCAGACCAGCUUUCCCAUGAAGCUGCUGGGCCGCCAGCAGCCCGACAAGGAGCUGGAGAUCCAGCAGAAAUGCGGAUUUUCAGAACUUUAUUCGUGGCAGAGAGAAAGAAAAGUAAAGACAGAAUUUUGUCUUCAUGAUGGACCUCCAUAUGCAAAUGGUGACCCACAUGUUGGACACGCUUUAAAUAAGAUUUUGAAGGAUAUAGCCAAUCGAUACCAUAUGAUGAGAGGUUCCAAAAUACAUUUUGUGCCAGGCUGGGAUUGUCAUGGUUUACCCAUUGAAAUAAAAGUAUUAUCAGAGCUUGGUGGAAAAGCUCAGGAUCUUUCAGCUAUAGAAAUUAGACAGAAAGCUAGGUCAUUUGCUGAGGCAGCAAUUGAGAAACAGAGAUCAGCAUUUAUUCGUUGGGGAGUAAUGGCAGAUUGGAAUAAUUGCUACUAUACAUUUGAUGGAAAAUAUGAGGCCAAGCAGUUGAGAAUUUUCUACCAAAUGUAUGAGAAGGGCUUGAUUUACCGAUCUUACAAGCCUGUGUUUUGGUCUCCCUCAUCAAGGACUGCGUUGGCUGAAGCAGAACUUGAGUAUAAUCCUGAACAUGUCAGCCGCUCAGUAUAUGUAAAAUUCCCUCUCUUGAAACCUUCUCCCAAGUUGGUAUCUCUUAUAGAUGGUUCAUCUCCUGUUAGUUUUUUAGUCUGGACCACCCAGCCUUGGACAAUUCCAGCCAAUGAAGCUGUUUGUUAUAUGCCAGACUCAAAGUAUGCUGUUGUAAAAUGUUCCAAAUCUGGAGACCUGUACAUACUUGCUGCAGAUAAAGUAACAUCUGUUGCUUCUGUUUUGGAAACAACAUUUGAAGUUAUUUCAACAUUUUCAGGUGUGGAUUUGGAAAGUGGUACUUGUACUCAUCCUUUAAUUCCUGAUAAAGCCUCUCCUCUUUUACCUGCAAAUCAUGUGACUAUGACAAAAGGAACAGGGCUGGUUCACACAGCCCCAGCCCAUGGUAUGGAGGAUUACAGUGUGGCUUCUCAACACAGCCUGCCCACGGAUUGUUUAGUGGAUGAAGAUGGAGUUUUCACAGAAGCUGCAGGUCCUGAACUUCAAAACAAGGCUGUCCUUGAAGAGGGAACAGAUGUGGUUAUAAAGAUGCUUAAGGCUUCAAAACAUCUGUUGAAGGAGGAGAAAUUGGUACACAGCUACCCCUAUGACUGGAGGACUAAGAAGCCUGUGGUCAUUCGUGCCAGCAAGCAGUGGUUUGUCAACAUCGCGGAUGUCAAGGCUACAGCCAAGGAAUUGUUAAAAAAAGUGAAAUUUAUUCCUGGAUCAGCACUGAACGCCAUGGUCGAAACGAUGGACAGACGGCCCUACUGGUGUAUAUCCAGGCAGAGAGUUUGGGGGGUUCCCAUCCCUGUGUUCCACCACAAGACAAAAGAUGAAUUCUUGAUCAACAGCCAGACCACUGAGCAUAUCAUUAAGUUAGUGGAACAGCAUGGCAGUGACGUCUGGUGGACUCAUCCCCCUGAGCAGCUCCUUCCGCAGGAAGUCUUAUCUCAGGUCGGUGGUCCUGACGCCUUGGAGUAUGUGCCUGGUCAGGAUAUUUUGGACAUCUGGUUUGACAGCGGGACGUCAUGGUCUUGUGUUCUUCCAGGUACUGACCAAAGAGCAGAUUUGUACUUGGAAGGAAAAGACCAGCUUGGUGGUUGGUUUCAGUCUUCUUUACUAACGAGCGUGGCAACAAGGAAAAAAGCGCCUUUUAACGGUGCGCCGGGCCCCGCACGGCUGUGCCUCGUGAUGCUGUGGAACGUUGGGCGUGAUGGGCCCGGGCCCUGCGGGGACGCGGCGCCUGCAGCCGUGGUGGGAACGUGGGAACGGCGGGCGAAAAAUGGCCCAGCCACCCUCACCGUCAGCAGCCCUCGGCGUCGAGGCUGGAGCCUCCCCCAGCACGGACCUUACAGUUUGCUAAAAGCUCAGCUUAGGAAUACACUCCGCUUUCUUUUGGGAAAUAUCGCUGGUUUCAACCCAGAAACAGACUCCAUUCCUGUUAACAAUAUGUAUGUCAUAGACCAGUAUAUGCUACAUUUACUGCAAGAUUUAGCAAACAAGAUUACCGAUUCAUAUAAACAGUACGACUUUGGAAAAGUUGUUCGGCUGUUACGAGCAUUUUAUACCAGAGAACUCUCGAACUUUUAUUUCAGCAUCAUCAAAGACCGGCUCUACUGUGAGAGCGCAGCCGACCCCAGACGGCGCUCCUGCCAGACCGCGUUAGCUGAAAUCUUGGACGUGCUGGUUCGUUCUUUUGCUCCCGUUCUUCCUCACCUGGCCGAAGAGGUAUUCCAGCACGUACCUUACAUCAAAGAACCCAAGAGUGUUUUUCGUACUGGGUGGAUUAGAACAAGUUCUAUCUGGAAGAAGCCAGGAUUAGAGGAAGCAAUUGAGGGCGCAUGUGCAAUGAGAGACUCAUUUCUUGGAAGCGUCCCGGGUAGAAAUGCCGCCGAGUACAAGGUUACGAUUGUGAUAGAGCCCGGGCUGCUCUUUGAGAUAAUAGAGAUGCUACAAGCCGAGGAGACUUCCAGCACCUCUCAGUUGAAUGAAUUAAUGAUGGCUUCCCAGACAACUUUACUCCCUGAGGAUCCACGAACACUAACCGAAGAUGCAAUUGAGUGCAAAGGGACAUUCCUGAUCAAUUUAGAAGGGGGUGAUAUUCGUGAAGAGUCUUCGUAUAAAGUGAUCGUCAUGCCAACUACCAAAGAGAAAUGCCCUCGCUGUUGGAAGUUCACCGCCGAGUCCUCGGACACGCUCUGCCCCCGGUGCUCGGACGUCGUCGGCGGAAAGCGGUAGCUCGCUGUGCCGUUGACCGCUCGCUGCUGAGUGCCCCAGCCCCGCGGAAAACACGAGCGUUAGGUGACGAGUGGAGGAGUAAACGGUGGAGGAUAAGGGGCAGAUUCAGAAUUACAGGUUUGUCCUGUAUUAGAUAAAAAAUGUGCAUAUAUUUAUAUUCAUGCAGAAAAAUAUAAAUACGUAGACGGAUCUAGACAGAUCCAUAAUGGAUUUAUUCAGAACAGAGACACUGAAUAUGUUUGCCUUCAAAGGCGGCUGACGAGAAAAUGUUUUAUAUUUUAUAAAUCUUCUUGACUUGGGAUUUAAGUUCUAUAAUGUCUAAAAAUAAAGCCCUCUGGAAAAUCACUGA